AUGAUGUACAUAACAGACACAAUGGCUGACCAACGCCCCGCUCCCCUCCGCCUCGGCACCGUCGCCCCCAACUUCAAGGCCGACACCACCAACGGCCCCAUCGACUUCCACGACUUCAUCGGCGACAGCUGGGUCGUCCUCUUCUCCCACCCGGAGGACUACACCCCCGUCUGCACCACCGAGCUCGGCGCCUUCGCCAAGCUCGAGCCCGACUUCUCCAAGCGCGGCGUCAAGCUCAUCGGCCUCUCCGCAAACACCCUCGGCUCCCACGAGGGCUGGAUCAAGGACAUUGACGAGGUCACCGGCUCAAAGGUCGCCUUCCCCAUCAUCGCCGACAAGGAGCGCAAGGUCGCCCUCCUCUACGACAUGCUCGACUACCAGGACACCACAAACGUCGACGACAAGGGCAUCGCCUUCACCAUCCGCUCCGUCUUCAUCAUCGACCCCAAGAAGACCAUCCGCACCAUCCUCUCCUACCCGGCCUCCACCGGCCGCAACUCCGCCGAGGUCCUCCGCAUCGUCGACUCCCUCCAGACCGGCGACAAGCACAAGAUCACCACCCCCAUCAACUGGGUCCCCGGCGACGACGUCAUCGUCCACCCCUCCAUCAAGACCGAGCAGGCCAAGGAGCUCUUCCCCGAGGUCCGCAUCGUCAAGCCCUACCUGCGCUUCACCCCUUUACCCAAGGAGAAGGCCACCGUCGCCUAA